CACAAAUAUCAAAGAUCUUAAAAAUUUUUCGCUUUUACUGAAGAUUUAUAUUAUGUCACGUAAAAUUAAAAUAUUGAUUGGAGCAACUGGUAGUGUAGCAAGUAUAAAAAUACCUAUACUUGUGCAAUCCUUAUUACAGAAUCAAAAUGUUGAAAUAAAAAUAGUAUCAACAGAUAAAGCAUUGCAUUUUUUUGAUAGAGAAUCUUUAACAAAGGAUUUUGGUGUACAAGUUACUACUGAUGCUGAUGAAUGGAAGGCAUGGAGUAAAGUAUCAGAUCCCGUAUUGCACAUUGAGUAUAGGGAUUGGGCAGAUAUGUUUGUAAUUGCGCCACUUGACGCAAAUACAUUAGCAAAAACUGCAAAUGGAUUAUGUGACAAUUUAAUAACAUGUAUUCUAAGAGCAUGGAACAUAAAACGACCUGUUAUAGUUUGUCCAGCAAUGAACACAUAUAUGUGGGAACAUCCAUUUACCGAAAAACAUCUUGAUAUUUUGUCAAACCAAUUAAAAUAUGAAAUUAUCUCUCCCAUUAGUAAAAAAUUAGCAUGUGGAGAUAUCGGUGUUGGUGCAAUGGCAGAAGUUGCAACAAUUGUAGAAUAUAUUCAACAAAAGUUAAUUAAUAAAUAAUUGUUUAUUUCCUUCUAUACUGAAUAUUGUUUUAUGUUAAUUGAUUUUAACCAAAAUAGUUCCAGCAUCAACAACAUCACCUUCCUUAACUAAAAAUUUUGCAGUUCCAUCAUGUCUAGCAAAUAGUUUAACUUCCAUUUUCAUGGCUUCCAUUAUUAAUAAAACAUCAUUUUUUUUAACAUUUGUAU